GCAAAUGGCUUCGUUUCCCGAGUCCGACUUCCAGAUCUGCCCGCUGUGCAAGGAGAUGUGCGGGUCGCCGGCUCCCCUCUCCUCCAACUCCUCCACCUCCUCGUCCUCCUCGCAGACGUCCAGCUCCUCCGGGGGCGGCGGCGGCUCCUCCUGCGGAGGCCCGCCGAGGCGGCUCCACGUCCUGCCCUGCCUGCACGCCUUCUGCCGCCAGUGCCUGGAGGCGCAGCGGCACCCCGGCGCGGGGGACGCGCUCAAGCUGCGCUGCCCCAUUUGCGACCAGAAGGUGGUGAUCUCGGAGCCCUCGGGCAUGGACGCGCUGCCCUCCUCCAACUUCCUUCUCAGCAACCUGCUGGACGUCGUCGUCGUGGCCGCGGCCGCCGACGAGCAGAAGAACGGCCGCGCCGCCGGGGCCGGCCCGACCGGGGGCUCUGGCGCUGGAGGGGGCGGCGGCGGCGGCAACAACCGGCACCACGGCCGCCCGCCGCCGGGGCCACCCCGCGCCGCCGGCUCCUCUCCCGCCGCCGCCGCCUCGGCCGCGCCCUCCUCGACGUCUUCGUCCUCCUCCUCCUCGGGCGGCGGCGGCGGCUCGGCGGCGCUCCUGCUGCGGCGGCCCCACAGCCGGCAGGGCGAGCCCCGCUGCAGCUCCUGCGAUGAGGGCAACGCCGCCAGUUCCCGCUGCCUCGACUGCCAGGAGCACCUGUGCGACAACUGCGUGCGGGCGCACCAGCGCGUCCGCCUCACCAAGGACCACUUCAUCGAGCGCUUCGCCGCCGGCCCUGCCGCCGCCGGCCCCGCCGCGCCGCUCGCUCUCAGCCCGCCCUACCCUGCCUCGCCAUACAACAUCCUCUCCGUCUUCCCCGACCGGGCCAGCUACUGCCAGCACCACGACGACGAGGUACUGCAUUUCUACUGUGAUACCUGUUCUGUCCCCAUAUGUCGUGAAUGUACCAUGGGACGACAUGUGGGUCACAGCUUUAUCUACCUCCAAGAUGCCCUACAGGAUUCCAGGACUCUCACCAUUCAGCUCCUGGCAGAUGCUCAGCAAGGACGACAGGCUAUUCAACUGAGUAUCGAACAGGCCCAGGCUGUGGCAGAGCAGGUUGAGAUGAAAGCGAAGGUGGUACAGUCUGAAGUCAAAGUUGUGACUACUAGGCAUAAGAAGGCUUUGGAAGAGCGGGAGUGUGAGCUGCUCUGGAAGGUGGAAAAGAUUCGCCAAGUCAAGGCUAAGUCACUCUACUUGCAAGUUGAAAAGUUGCGUCAGAACCUAAACAAGCUGGAUAACACCAUUAGUGCUGUUCAGCAGGUCCUGGAGGAGGGUCGUACCAUGGAUAUUCUUCUGGCUCGGGACCGCAUGCUGGCUCAGGUGCAGGAGCUGAAGAACGUGAGAGGCCUUCUCCAGCCACAGGAAGACGACAGGAUCAUGUUCACUCCCCCUGACCAGGCGUUGUAUAUGGCCAUUAAAUCAAUGGGCUUUGUCAGCAGUGGGGCUUUUGCUCCUCUGACCAAAGCCACCGGGGAAGGUCUCAAGCGUGCGCUGCAGGGCAAAGUGGCCUCUUUCACCGUGAUCGGCUACGACCACGAUGGCGAGCCUCGCCUGUCAGGAGGCGACAUGAUCUCUGCAGUGGUGAUGGGCCCAGAUGGAAACCUUUUCGGGGCAGAUGUCAGUGAUCAGCAAAACGGGACCUACCUGGUCAGCUACCGUCCACAGCUCGAGGGAGAGCACCUGGUGUCCGUGAUGAUGUGCAACCAACACAUUGAGAACAGCCCCUUCAAAGUGGUGGUGAAGUCUGGGCGCAGCUACAUUGGCAUCGGGCUGCCGGGGCUCUCCUUCGGCAGCGAGGGAGACAGCGACGGCAAGCUUUGCCGCCCCUGGGGGGUCAGCGUUGACAAAGAGGGCUACAUCAUCGUUGCCGACCGCAGUAAUAACCGCAUCCAGGUGUUCAAGCCAUGCGGGACCUUCCAUCACAAGUUUGGCACGCUGGGCUGCCGACCGGGACAGUUCGAUCGCCCCGCCGGCGUGGCCUGUGACAUUUCGCGUAGGAUCGUCGUGGCUGACAAGGACAAUCAUCGCAUCCAGAUCUUCACGUUUGAGGGGCAGUUCAUUCUGAAGUUUGGGGAGAAAGGAACGAAGAACGGGCAAUUCAAUUACCCGUGGGAUGUGGCCGUCAACGCAGAGGGCAAGAUUCUGGUCUCUGACACGAGGAACCAUCGCGUUCAGCUGUUCGGGCCCGACGGCGUGUUCCUUAACAAGUAUGGCUUCGAAGGGGCACUCUGGAAGCACUUUGAUUCCCCCAGAGGUGUGACUUUCAAUCACGAGGGCCACUUGGUAGUGACAGACUUCAACAACCAUCGCCUUCUGGUCAUCCAUCCAGAUUGCCAGUCAGCACGCUUUCUGGGCUCGGAGGGCACCGGGAACGGCCAGUUCCUGCGCCCGCAGGGAGUGGCGGUGGAUCAGGAAGGGCGCAUCAUCGUGGCUGACUCCAGAAACCACCGGGUGCAGAUAUUCGAGUCAAAUGGUAGCUUUUUAUGCAAGUUUGGCACUCAGGGAAGCGGCUUUGGUCAGAUGGACCGUCCUUCAGGUAUAGCUGUCACCCCUGAUGGCAUGAUUGUUGUGGUCGACUUCGGAAACAAUCGAAUUCUCGUCUUCUAAUCUGUGUUUGAAUUAGGAAGAAACUGUCUCAGGGAAAUUCUUCUAAGAGAAAAUGAAAAAAUACAACGUUAAUUCAAACCUACCUCAUCUUUAAUUUUUUUACAGAUGAAUGUACUUAUCUUUUCUGCAGGGAGUGAGCCUGUAAAAAUAAAUUCUAUCUACCUCAUUGUCCUCCUUUCCCUCCCCAGUUUCUCGCCCUCUCCCCAUCCCCACACACUCAUAGUUCAGAACAUUUUACCUCUUUGCCCCGCAGUGGGGUUUCAUGCACAAACAAGUGUUGCUGUGCACAUUAGGUGGUUUGUGUGGUGAGUUCUGUUAGACUAAGCCAAAAAAAGGCGCUAUGUAACUUUUUAAGUGGAGAAAAUGGUAGUAGGUGUUUAUAGAGAAUUUGUUUUUUCUUGACCAUACUGCAGU